GGCCCCUCCCCGCGCGUAGAUUUGAAAACGGCUUUGUGAAGAAGGAAGAGCAGAGUGUCCGAGGGGCAGAAACAUAAUCAGACAUGGCUCCCAGGAAAAGAACCACCAAACAACGGAAAAACAACCCCAAGUCGGCCAAGCUAGAAGCUUUCCUGGAGGAUUUCGACAGCGAGGUGAAGACCAGAGUUGGACAACUGAAAGAGAAGAUCAACCAGCUGCUGAAAGAUGUUGACAAUAGCUACAACAUGGCACUAAUUAAACUCCCCAAGGCUGUCAGGCUGAUGCCCUGGUUAGAGCAUUGCAAGUCUGAGAAACCCAAGCCACCAGAGCUGAGUGAUACAAAGAGAGAAGAGGAAGCUGCUAUUGUUGAGAGCGUUGUGGCUGAGGAUCAUGCAGUCCUUCUGAAAUCAGUCAAGAAAACAUCAAAGAAAAAAGGCACAGUUAAAUCCAGUUCAGAUGAUGAAAACACCCCAAGCACAACAAGAAAGGGGAAGGCUACAAGAAAGCCCCCAACUACAUCAAAAAGAGCAAAGGCACUGGCUGUCAGCAAGCAGAGCACCUCCAUUAGACGAUCGACCAGGAAGCCGUUGGUGACUCCUGCCAGGAGCAUGCUGGAUUCUUCUUUGAUGAUGGGACCCACUCCCCUUGUCACCCCACGCUUUGACCCCAGGCUUCCCAAGACCCCUGCUGUGAGAGUUCCCCGCCACAAAGAGAGGGUCUACAGCAUUUCAGUCAACGGCUCUCCCAUUUCAGCAGGAAAUGAGGACAUUGUCAUCAACGUCCCCAUCGGCAAUGGAGAGAGCAUUCAGCUGUUGGCCAGCCAGAUGGACUCAGUGGACCUAUCACUGCUGGAUGAAACUGCCCUGAAGAGCAUUCGACUGCUGCAGAAUCGCCUCACAACACUGUGUGAAAAGUCAGAGUGACCAAACUGAGAAAGGAAAACGGGUUGGCCAAGUUAUAAGGACAUUUUUUACUGGAAAUUGGGUUUGAAAAAGUGGUGGGGUUGUCUUAUAUACUUAUAUAUACCAUCAGAUAUUCUUUUUGAAGGGGGAGAGUACAAGUGUAACUACUGUUUUUCACAGAGUGUCACAGUUUAUUUUGUUUAUAGCCUCAGUGUCUCUUUUUUUCUCCCAUUCAUAAUAUCUUUCACAGUUAACCAGCCCUUAAGUGCAGGAGUCUGAUGUAAGUUUUUCUGCCCAACUCCCGCACUCCUACUCCACCAUGGCACCUGAAAACAAGGGAAAACCCUGUUGGGCUAAAUCCUUGAGGGAAUUCUGCCUGGUGUGUGUCUCGUUUUAGUGCUGUUCCAGUCUUUUGCCAGUCAGACUUGUGAAGUCAAGAUUUUAGAAGUUCUACCUUUACAAGCCCAACAAGACUUGUAAGAUUAUUUCAAACAGAACCAUUUACAAUCAACAUUUACCUUACAAAUACAAUUUUCCAUUCAUUCUUUGAUUCUUUUGUAAAUACGCUCUAAUCCUGUUUUUUUUUUUUGUGUUUCAUUUUGUUACUGUUGAACUCAACAAUCGUCCAUGUUUCUAGAAAGCAGCUUCAUUUACGUUAUCAGUGCGAAUACAUACUUCAUGUACAUAGUUUAAUCUUUCUGUCUGCAAAACUGAUAAAGGAUUUUGACUACA